AUCUCUUCUCCUUUUACUUCCGAUCAAAAAUUCCCGGUGUCUAUCGCCGCCGUCGGUACCGGAGAUUGUUCAACAGAAAAGGAGAGUGAAAGAAAGAGAGAGUAUAAAUGUGAGUUUGUUAAUUUCAUCAGACGAGUAUCCUGUGGAUAUAAAGAUUGUCAACCGUUAAAACUUGUCAAGCAAGAAUCUGAUGCCUUUGUGUCGUGCUCAAGCAAUCCGACAACAACCAAUCGAAUCUUUUUCGUAAAGGUCGUAGCUUUAAGGGAGCUGAUAGUAGUGUGUUUGUUUGGUUCUUCAAUAAAGUAAUUAGAGCUUUUGGGUUUUAUCUGCGUUCUUGAUUGCAAUUCUUUUUAAUCUUCUGGGACUAGUGAAGAAGCCAUGGAGGAGUCUUCCCAGGGGAGCUUUGUUACAACCAUAAACGAAGAUUAUGAAUCAAUCUGCUGGGGCUGUGGACUAAACCUUGUUCUUCCAUCGUACGCACCUGUUUUCAAGUGUGGCUGGUGUGGUGCAAUCACGAAUCAGAAUCCAGUCAGACCUGAAACCAGAAGCUUUGGAUUGAGACGUAUCCGUGACGGCUGUUUUGUAGCUAUUCUUGCUGUUUUCAUGCUCUUUGUCAUGUGUGGUGGGAUUUGGGCAGCGUAUCCAGUCGUGUUUUCAAUCAGCUUGGCUUGCGGGAUUUUCCAUUCUGUUGUAGCUGUGUCUCUGGCGAUAUCAACAUUAUCAACAUUCAUGGUUGUUGCUUUUAAAUGCGCGGGGAAACCUAUUGAUAUUGUUUAUGGAACCCACCCUGGAGUAGGGAACGGCGCACUUAACAACUAUACCUUUUGUCACUACUGCUCCAAACCAAAGUCACCUAGAACCCAUCACUGUCGCACAUGUGGCAUGUGUGUCCUCGACAUGGAUCAUCAUUGCCCCUUUAUCGGUAACUGUGUUGGUGCUGGCAAUCACAAAAACUUCGUCGCCUUUCUUAUCUCGGCGAUUAUAAGCACAAUCUAUGCUUCUGUUAUGUGUGUAUAUUCCCUGAUUCAUAUCUUGCCACCACCAGAAAAUGGAGCAGCUUAUGCAUCACAUGCUAAUAAUAGUGUAUCGAUUCUGAGAGGGGUGAAGAAUAUCGUACUUGCUUACUUUUCCAACGCUAUCUUCAUCUCUAUUCGAGGUCUUGUUCUAUUAUACCUCUUUGUGGCGAGUGUUUCCGUAGCCAUUGGGUUAAGUGUUUUGCUAUGGCAGCAGCUUAGCUAUAUCUACGAAGGCAAGACUUACUUAAGCCAUUUGAGUUCUCAAGGAAGCGAGGAAGAAGGUGAAAAGAGCUGCGGGAAUCUUUUGACGUUUUUUGGGUGUCCACUUUCGUUUGAAAGGCAUUUGCCAACUAUAAGGAACUUGAGGAAGAGACAUAAGACAUGACAAGAAUGGUGAGUCAAUAUGUUUUGUUAUGUUUCCUCCUGCAACGUCUGGAGCUUGUUCUUCGUCAUUUAGAUUCAUAAAUCAUAAUUGAAGUUAACAGGUCAUGAAGAUGAGCAAAGUUUGUAUCUUGUUUGUGAAAACACAUGUUCAUAGAAUAUAGUAAAUUUGUUAAAGAUAGUAAAUUUUUGUUUCCC